CAACCCCCGCUCCGUCCCUCCUUGCCUCCACUAUAAAACCCUCCCAUGCAAACAGAGCCAGACAAUGCAAAGGAGGUGAAGAAAGUGAUCAAGAAAGGUUUAAACACAGUGACAGAAACACAGAAAGAGAGAGAGAGAGAGAGAAUGGAGAUGGACGCAGCAAACAAAGAGGAGCAGCAGCGUCAGCAGCAGCCUCGUCCCAGCCCGAUGAGGAAGAUGGUGACGGUGGCGGCCAUCGCCGCCGGCGUGCAGUUCGGGUGGGCUCUGCAGCUGUCGCUGCUGACGCCGUACGUGCAGCUGCUCGGCAUCCCGCACAAGUGGGCCGCCUUCAUCUGGCUCUGCGGGCCCGUCUCCGGCAUGAUCGUCCAGCCCGUCGUCGGCUACCACAGCGACCGCUGCUCCUCCCGCUUCGGCCGCCGCCGCCCCUUCAUCGCCGCCGGCUCCGCCCAUGUCGCCCUCGCCGUCUUCCUCAUCGGCUACGCGGCCGACCUGGGCCACCUCCUCGGCGACCACCACGACCGGACCUCGAAGCCCCGCGCCAUCGCGGUGUUCGUCGUCGGGUUCUGGAUCCUCGACGUGGCCAACAACAUGUUGCAGGGACCAUGCCGGGCGCUCUUGGCCGACCUCUCGGCCGGGAACCAGAAGAAGACCCGGGCGGCGAACGCCUUGUACUCCUUCUUCAUGGGAGUCGGCAACGUCCUCGGCUACGCCGCCGGCUCCUACACGCACCUCCACGACCUCUUCCCCUUCACCAGCACCGCCGCCUGCGACGUCUACUGCUCCAACCUCAAGUCCUGCUUCUUCAUCUCCAUCGCCCUCCUCCUCGGCGUCACCGCCUUCGCCCUCGCCACCGUCCACGAGACUCCCUUGUCGGAGCUCCGCAGCGACGCGGUCAGCGAGUCGGAGUGCAGCGAGCGCGAGCGCGAGCCGUUCCUAGGGGAGAUACUCGGCGCGCUGCGCAGCCUGCAGAGGCCGAUGUGGACGCUACUCAUCGUGACAUGCCUCAACUGGAUCGCGUGGUUCCCUUUCCUGCUGUUCGACACGGAUUGGAUGGGACGGGAGAUCUACGGAGGGAAGGUCAACAAGGGGCGGUUGUACGCGAUGGGGGUGAGGGCCGGCUCGCUGGGAUUGAUGCUGAACUCCGUCGUCUCGGGGUUCAUGUCGCUGGCCCUCGAGUACUUGGUGCGCGGCCCUGGCGGCGUGAAGAGGCUCUGGGUGGUGAAUUUCCUGUUGGCUCUGUGCCUGGGCUUGACCGUUUUGGUCACCAAGCUGGCCCAGUCGGAGCGGACGUUCGCGACCGCCACGCCCGGAAAUGGCGAAGCCUUGCCUCCGUCCGCGGGGAUAAAGGCCGGCGCUUUGCUGCUUUUCGCAGUGCUAGGCAUUCCGCUCGCCGUCACUUACAGCGUUCCUUUUGCUCUGGCAUCCAUAUUCUCCAAUAGUGCCGGUGCAGGUCAAGGGCUGUCUUUGGGGGUGCUAAAUCUCGCCAUCGUCGUUCCACAGAUGGUGAUAUCGGUGACGAGCGGACCAUUCGAUGCUCUAUUCGGAGGAGGCAACUUGCCAGCGUUCAUCGUCGGAGCAGUUGCGGCAGCUGUGAGCGGCAUUCUUGCCCUAACCCUGCUUCCAUCUCCAGCUCCUGACCCCUCUCCAGCUCCUGAGCUCUCACCUUCAUCCAAGCCGGCAAACGUCUCGGGCUCCAAGUGACGUUCACAAUCAACUCUCUACCAUCUCUCUCUCUCUCUCUCUCUCUCUCUCUCUCUCUCUCUCAUGUAAAAAGGAAAAAAACUCUGGCAUGAUGACGACUCCUCGGCCACAAAAGGAUGGCGGAAAUAGCCCAUUUUUGGGGCCAUAUCAGAUGCAAGUACAAAUGAAAUUAGCUAUGUUCCAUCCACUGGAAUAUAGAUAAA